AUGUUCGAGAAGUCUGACAACAUUCCUCUCAUCAAGCCUUUCCUUCUCAACGUUCAAUCGCAGAACAAGCGCGCUGUCAACGAUGCCAUCAACGAUCUGCUCAUCGAGGAGGAGGACUACAAGACUCUCCGUGAUUCGGUUGAGAACUACGACAACUACGAAGCUGUCGCUUUGGCCCAGCGUCUUGAGAAGCACGACCUGGUCUUCUUCAGACAGAUCGCUGCCAGCAUCUACCGCAAGAGCAAGAGAUGGGACAAAUCGAUUGCUCUCUCAAAGCAAGACAAGCUCUUCAAGGAUGCCAUCGAGACUGCGGCCAUGUCGGGCAAGGGCGAGGUCGUCGAGGAGCUUCUUCGCUACUUUGUCGACAUUGGCAGCCGCGAGUGCUUUGUCGGUAUGCUUUAUGCUUGCUACGAUCUUAUCCCUCUCCACGUUGUCAUGGAGCUCUCAUGGCGUCAUGGCUUGAACGACUUCACCAUGCCCUUCAUGAUCAACUACAUGUCACAACAGGCCAUGGCGAUUGAUCAGCUCAAGAAGGACAACGAGGAGCGCAAGUCAAAGGAGACAACGCAGAAGACGGAGCAGGACAACACACCCAUUCUCGGAGGAUCACGACUGAUGCUGACUCAGGGCCCGGCUGCAAGCGCGGCGAGCCCGGCACCUUACUCCAACGGCGUGAUGGCGCAACCUACUGGAUUCCAGCCCACAGGAUUCGGAGGCUUCAGAUGA